GGGUGCUUAUUUCUUGUUUUCAGGGGGCUUUUUUUGUUGCUUUCAGCGAUUUUUUUUCAGCGAUUUUUUUUUUGUUUUCAGCCGGCGAUUUUUUUGUUUUCAACGGGCCUUUUUGUUUUCAUGUAUUUUUGCCCCUGAAUUGCUUCCUUUACUGUAGACAGGUAACUUAGUGGAGGACGUAAAAGAGUGGUCAGUAGCCAGAGAUGCAAAUAUUUAACAUAAAGAAAAAUUAUUACCUGGCUCUCUGAAAUCGCUUCCUCACUGCUGCCGCCCUCCACGACCCUCAGACAAGAGCAUAAUCUUAAUACUAGUUUGUUACCGUCUUCACUUUGAACCUCCUUCUCGCCGUCCUCUUCGCCCGUCAGACAUGAGGGUUUGACGUUUAAAUGUUUGUUUCUCUGUGGUUUUUAAUUAAUAAUUCACUCUUGGUGCCUGUCUUGCCCCCGCGUGUCCCUGUCCAGUGGGUGCCGUGGACGAAGGUGCUGACGGACGCUAACGGGACGGUGAGGAUCGAGGGACCGAUGGCCGAACUUCUUCAGAUCCUCUCCACGGUCCUCAACUUCAGCUACGAACUAGUGCGUCCUGUUGACCGGAUCUGGGGCGGCCCGAUCGCCAACGGUUCCUGGAGCGGCAUGUUGGGCCAGCUGCAGCGGCGAGAGGUGGAGUUCGCGGUGGGUCCGUUUGGCGUCUCGGCCCUGAGGGAGACCGUGUGUGACUUCUCGGAGCCUCUGUACAGCGAGAACAACGCGAUACUCAUGGUACGGCCCACCCUGCAGAGCGACAUGGAGGGGUUCAUGAAGCCGUUCAGCGGGAUGGUGUGGCUGCUGGCGCUGGUGAGCCUGGCGGUGGUGGUGGCGGUGAUGGCGUGGGUGGCGGCGGCGGAGGUGCGCCUCUUCGGGUCGCCGUGGCGCUGGAGCUUCGCCAAAUCCACCGUUUGGGGCCUCAAAGUGUUCACGCAGGAGGGCUCCGCGGAUGUGCCGCCCUUUGAUGGCAGUCGAGUAUUGGCGACGGUGUGGCUGCUGGCGUCCCUGGUGUUCAUGUCCUCGUACAGCGGCAUCCUUACCGCCAUGCUCACCGUGCCUCGGGUCACCAUCCCCAUCGACUCCCUCGCUGACCUGGUGGCCCAGGACGAGUUGCCGUGGAGGCUGGAGGCGGGAUCCUUCAUGUUCCAGUACUUUCAGGAGGCGAAGGACGGCGUACGGAGGAAGGUGUUUGAGGGCCACGCGGGCACGUUCGCCGACUGCUGGGCGGCGCGCCAGGACAUCGCCGGCGGCCAGUACGCGGGCAUCUGCGACAGGACCACCAUGAAGAAGGCCAUGUCCUGGGACUUCAGCACAAGUGGCAAGUGCCACCUGUACAUAUCCCGCGAGAACGUCUACUCCAACGCCCUCAUCGCCAUGGCCUUCCAGAGCGACUCGUCCUACCGCCCCAAAGCCAACAUGAUCAUCUUGGCGGUGAAGGAGGCGGGCAUCCUGGACCGCUGGUUGGGCGCCCAGAUCACCAACACCAGCCAGUGCCUCCGCCCGCCCACCGCAGACCGCAGCGACGGUAUCACCCCGCUCAACAUUGAGGACAUGGCCGGCUGCUUCCUCGUGCUGGUGGGAGGCCUGGCAGCGAGCGCAGCCGUCUUCCUCCUGGAGAUGGUCGUCCCACGGCUCUAGCAGGCGAGUGGGCGAGGGAGCGCAGGGAGGAAGGGACCAGGACCGUUCCCUCCGCCUUUAUUGCCGCAGCUCUCGAAUCUGUCACCACAGAACAACACUGGACAAACGAAGCCGCAGUCACUUGUUUUGGGGUACAUGGAAGUCUGUACAUCCUUUUAUGCUCCCGAAAUGUGCACUUAUAAUAGUCGUUGACGGACAACCAAAACAACAUUAAGAGAAUUCACUUAUUUUGUAUAUACACUGCGACACUGUACCAACCAAAGGUUCUCAGCGUGUGGGUGAACAGUUCUUCCCGCCCCGUUCCUGCCUUGCCCCUCACACACACACACACACACACACACACACACACACACACACACACCAGCACGACAGUCCAGUGUUUCUCGCCCCGGUGACCCGCUGACCACCGUCCCCUCAAUGGCCACCUGACCGCCUCUCCGCCACGGCAGUUCCCGAGAGCCACUCGUCCCGGAACGCUCAAACACUAUAACGAACCAAUAAAUGUUAGCAAUCUC